UCCGCCGCCUGCCGGAUCAAUGCUGGGCUCUCCACCCCUCUCCCUCGUCUUCCUCCUCCGAGGACGCAGCUGGGCACCGAGACAACUUCUCUUCGACCUCGUCGUCGCAACCACCGAGGAUUUGAGUUUUGUUUUGGCCUUCGCUCGCCGGGGACGGUCCCCGUCGCCCUGGCGCGGCUCUUUCCUCGUUGGGAUUAACGCGGCGCAGGGUGCCAUGAAAGUGACGGUGUGCUUCGGGAGGACCGGGUGGUCGUCCCGUGUGGAGAUGGGAAUAUACAAGUCCACAGCCUCAUCGAGGCAGGCGGCCAUGAGGUACAAGAAGGCGAUCGCGAAGGACCCCAGCUACUGGGUCCAGGUCCACAGGUUGGAACAUGGAGAUGGAGGCAUUUUGGACCUGGAUGACAUGCUGUGCGAUGUGGUGGACGACAAAGACAGGCUGGUAGCAGUAUAUGAAGAGCAGGAUCCUCACAAUGGAGGUGACGGUACCAGUGCCAGCUCCACCGGUACGCAGAGUCCGGAUCCCUUCGCCAGUGACAUGAGUUCAGCACCGACCUUUCAGCCCUGCCAGGCACCCAGUGAGAUCGAGGUCAACCUGUUCUCACUGCGAUCCAACAUGCCUCUCCAUGUGCGUCGCAGCAGUGAUCCCUCCUUGGCCGGCCUUCCUCUGGGCGAAGUCCCGGUCGGUCCAGAGGAACCUUCCAGAAAGAACCCAACUCGCCGGUCCACAACGGCUGGCUUCCAAAAGCACAACCCCAAACCAAACACAAGCACGGGCAGCCUGGAACAAAAGGGUAGAGGAGGCCACGCCUAUCGGAGUCUUCCUCGUGACGCGAGUGGCUGGACCACUCAGUUCCAGAGAGAAAUGACUCGAUCGUCCCUGAGCGCCAACCAUCCGAUGGUGGACCAAUGGCUGGACAGACAGGAAGAGGAGGAGGAGGAAGAGCGAAGGAGACAGGAAAGGAGGAUCAAAAGGAUAGAGCCAGUAGGGAGGGCCGAUUCCUCAUUGGAAUAUUCGCAUGUGUUCAAUCUAGCAGGCCUGCUCAAGCCGGUCGAGGUGUCCAACGGAGGAGGGCCCCUGGGGAUCCACGUAUUGCCCCUCAGUUCACAGGAUGCCAGGACUCAGGGCUUGCUGGUGAAGCGUCUGGAGCAUGGGGGGAAAGCCGAGCAGGAGCGUCUCUUCCAGGAGAACGACUGCAUUGUCAAAAUUAAUCAGGGAGACAUUCGCCACCUGCGCUUCGAACAAGCCCAGAACAUUUUCAAGCAGGCGAUGCGUGGCACGGUCAUCCUCUUCCACGUGGUCCCGGCAGCCAUGAAGAGGCAGUACGAGCUGCUGAUGGCCCAGACCGAGCUCAGCCCGGCCCAGCCCAACAGAGUCCGCUUCAGCCAAGUCUCCCUGCAGUUGGGGGAUAGUGCCAGCCUGGUGGGGGGGGCGAUGCCCAGAUCUGGACCACAACCAGGCGUCAACCACGACCACCAGGGACCCCUGGCAGGAAGCACCCCCGAGCCGAACCGACGGUACGCCACCUUACCCCACACCUUGGUCGCCAGGACCUCUUCAGUCACCUCCCCCUCCCUGCAGCGCAGGAUAAGCACAAACCUGUCCGCCAGCUCCUACACAAAGAACAAAGGACGCAGAUUCAACAUCCAGCUGAAGAAAGGUCCAGAGGGUCUCGGGUUCAGCAUCACAUCCAGAGACGUACCAAUCGGUGGCAGUGCUCCCAUUUAUGUCAAAAACAUCCUUCCUCGAGGGGCCGCCAUCCAAGAUGGCCGAUUGAAAGCUGGAGACCGGCUGUUGGAGGUCAGUGGAGUGGACCUGAAUGGCAAGAGCCAGGAGGAGGUGGUGGCCCUGCUCCGAGCCACGGCCAUGGGCGGGACUGUGAACCUGUUGGUGAUCCGGCCUGAGGACUCGCUGCUGCCCCGAGAAGUGCAUUCAGAGGAAGAGGACAUGGUGUUAACCCCAGACGGUACACAAGAGUUCAUGACCUUUGAGAUCCCUCUGAGUGACUCAGGCUCGGCAGGCCUGGGGGUCAGCGUCAAGGGUAACCGGUCCAAGGAGAACCACGCGGACUUGGGCAUCUUUGUGAAAUCCAUUAUUAAUGGAGGGGCUGCUAGCAAGGAUGGCCGUCUACGGGUCAACGACCAGCUAAUUGCAGUCAACGGGGAGUCACUGCAUGGGAUGACCAACCAGGACGCCAUGGAGACACUGCGCACAUCCAUGUCCGUCGAGGGCAACAAGCGGGGAAUGAUUCAGCUCAUCGUGGUCCGGCACGUGUCCAAAAACAAUGAGGAAGCCCCUGCCAGCCCUCCGGUUCGUGAGCAUCCUGUGAACUCUCUACUGGAAAACCACGAGCGCCGCAUUUCCAACUCUGUGUAUGAGACCAUUGAAGACGUGGACAGCAACUCCCCGUCGCUAGCUAAUAUGAUCGGACGCAUUGGUAACUUCCGGCUCUCUCCGACGGUGAACAUGCCUCAGGAUGACGUUGUGAUGAUCGAAGACGAUAGGCCGCCCCUGCUUCCUGCCCAUCUCUCCGACCAAUCGUCCUCCAGUUCCCAUGAGGACAUGGGCUUUGUGGGAGACGGCCCGGUGUCCUGGGUCCACGAGCUGGCCAGUCAGAAUGAAUGCUCGCUCAGCCCAGACGCAGACGCCGACCCUGACGACUCGUUCCAGAGGGAGGGCUUCGGCCGCCAGAGCGUGUCGGAGAAACGCACCAAACAGUAUGAAAAUGCAGCUGAGCUGGAGAUCGUCAAGACGCGCAAGUCCAAGAGCAUGGAUCUGGGUGUCGCAGAACAAAUCCUUGGACCCUCGCUGGGCAUGAAAAAGUCCAGCUCUCUUGAAAGCCUCCAGACGGCCGUUGCCGAGGAGACGCUGAACGGCGAGAUCAACGCUAAAAGGGCGCGCUCGCGGAUCGCCAGGGGCCGCGGCUGCAAUGAGAGCUUCCGGGCUGCAAUCGACAAAUCAUACGAGAAACCUGCCGUCCCAGCGGCAGAAGAGGAGAACAGCGCAGAGACAUUGGACGAGGACACCGAGGGAAGUUCCAGAUCGGGCCACGAGUCAAUGUCCACCAGCGGCGACCUCACUGCGGGACCCGGGCUGAACGGCACCCCCUACAAAGAUGACAGGCAGAGGGAUCAGGACAGGGUUGGGGGAAAGGAGAAGAAGAAAGCCGAAAGGGACAAAGAGAGGGAGAAGGACAAGAGCAAAGCCAAGAAAGGCGUGCUGAAGGGCCUGGGCGAGAUGUUCAGGUUCGGAAAGCACCGGAAGGAUGAGCGGCCGGGAGACAGGAUGGAGAGGAAGGGCUCCAGUAAAUCUAAAGCUGAGGACAUGCAGGCGUCAGAGGAGGAGACCAUGCGAAUGAGGCUGGAGCAAGAGAGAAUACAGGCCAAGAUGCGGGAGCUUCGGGAGAAGCAGGCAAAGGAGAGGGAAUAUGCCGAGAUCCAAGAUGUUGUCAGCGGUGCCUUCAGCUCAGAUGAGGAGCACACCUAUGCCGGCAUCGGAUCGUUGGACUCGUCGGUGGACAGCAGCAGCAUGGAGCCCUACAACCACCACUACCAUCUCACCCAGAGUCCCCAGAGUCCUCACCUUCCCUUGAGCCGACAGGACAACGGUCCACCACUGGAGCCCCUGUAUGCCCAGGUCAACAAGCCACGCAACGGACGCCCGGCAGCUCCAGACAGCAGUCACAUGGCUCCCAGUAACCACGACCGGAUACAAAUGCUGAGGAGCGAGUUCCAGCAGGCCAGGCAGGAGGACGACGUGGAGGACCACAGGCACACCUACCAGUCCUGGGUGAGCAACGGGACGGAGACGCCAAGCGGCCGCCAUUCGGUAACAGUUGAGGCUCAGCAGCCAGAGGACAGAGAUGGUUUCCAACAAGCACAAAGGCAGUACAACUCCCUGCCACGGCAACCUCGAAAGUACCCCAGCACGGCGUCCCAGGACUCGUGGGACAAGGUGGACAUGCCAGCAGAGGGAUUCCAGACACCCAAGGAGAACCCCCGCUACUCCGGCAGCCAUGGAUCACGUAACGGCUACCUGGCGACGUCCGGCUUCAACGCCCGUGUCCUGUUGGAGACCCAGGAGCUGCUGAGGCAGGAGCAGAGGCGCAGAGAGCAGCAGGCCAGCAAGACCAGGCCGCCUCCCAUGCCGGAGACCCCCGGCGGCGGCGCCUACGACCACGGCAGAGACCACGCUCAGGCCCCAGGCCCCGCCCCGGUGAUGGCCCCACCUCAGUCCAAGGGCCCCUACAGACAGGACGUACCCCCGUCGCCCUCUCAGCUCGCCAAGCUCAGCAGGCUCCAGGGUUCAGAGAAAGGGAGGCUUUUUUACUCCUGAGACAGUGACGAGACUUCUGGGCGAUAAGGAUUGAUUCUCAGGAGUAUUGACAGGGAAAAUCUCAAAGAGGGAAAUGUGCGCUUUAUGAAAUGACUGUUAAUAUGUAAAACUAAAAAAAUUCAUUAUUUUUAAUGAUAUGAACCAUUAUCCUUUUUAGUUGCAUCAAAAAGAAAUGAGAUGUUUUACUGUCCAGAGUCGUGAUCUUCUGACUAUGUGUAAAAGUGCCUUCUAGUCCACCGAUUGUUCCCAUUCGGUCAGCCGAUUGUUCCCCUUCAGUCAGCUUUGAGACUUCCGUCCGAUACGUUCACAGGGGCCAGACGUCAGACAUGUCGGCGGGGGGCUCAUGUGAGUGUGUAGUUUGUGUGCACGUAUGCUGGCAGGAUGUUGGCAUGUGGUGACAAAGUGUGGAGGUUAAGCAGCGUGUGUGAACUGUGGAGUUAGAGUUUGGGAUUAGAGCAUGACGCUCACUCCACCCUCGCUGUCCCCUUUGGUUUCAGAUACUUACCCAGAGCGU